AUGCCUGGGUCACCUGCCAUCCUGUCCCCCCACCCCUCUGUUUUUAACAAGUGCAAUCCUAUCAGCUUGAAUGAUGAUCCCCCCUUCCUGUUCAUAUCCCCCCAUCCAAGACUCCAGCCCAUGCAUCCAUCCCUUGAACAGGACCAAGCCCUUCUUAAACCCAGGUCAUCAUCCACCCCAAAUAUGGACAACUCUUCUGAUUCUGACAUCACAUCCUCCAACAUGUUUUCUAUGCUCCAUUUCUCAUCCUCAUCCCCUGCAACUACCACUCUGCUCUCAGAUGACAGUGAUUCAAAGCUGUUGUCAAACCUCCAUGAGCUUCAUACAGCAUAUGGCUACUGGAAGGAGAAUGAGAAGGCCAACACCCACCUGACUGAACAUCAGCACCAGCUCAUGAUACAGUGUGAGCAGUAUGCCCAUGAGGAGGCCAUGGCAGCUCAGGAGCUGGAGAAGAUGAAACUUGUGGUGAAGUUGGAAGAGCUUUGGGGGCAGAACCUAGCCCUGCAGAGGGGUGUAGCUGGUGGUGAGGACCAAGGCCCUUUGUUGACUAAUGAAGAUGGUCAUGAACUCAACAACAGUCUAUGA